AUGGCGGGAUUCAAGUUCUCCAUCUUUGUUUUGUUUUUAUCGAUGAGUCUUCGUGAAUUUGGAUCUUCCGCUCAACCUCUACCUGAUGACGAAGUCAAAACUCUGGGUUUGAUAGCCUCAAAGCUACAAUAUACAGGUUGGCGUCUUGCUAAUACAGAUUCAUGCAACACAGGUCAUGGGCUUAAUCAGAUAAUUUCCCGGAGGAAAGGAGGGCUUAUUUCAGUUGGUAGCAAUGUAACUUGCAACUGUAGCAGCACUCUUUGCCACGUAACAAACAUCCAGUUAAAAGCACUCAAUUUGACAGGAGUUCUACCUGAAGAAUUUGCGGAUCUCACUUUUCUACAAGAAAUAGAUCUGUCCCAAAACUAUGUCAAUGGCACUAUUCCUACACGUUUUGGUCAGCUUCCUCUUAGAAUUUUAAGUCUUUUGGGGAACCGCAUCAGUGGUCCCAUACCCGAAGAAAUAGGUGAUAUUUCUACCCUUGAGGAGCUGAUCUUGGAAGACAAUUUGCUUCAAGGACCACUUCCUCCAAACCUUGGGCGUUUGACUCGAUUGAGAAGAUUCUUUCUUGAUGGAAAUAACCUUAAUGGAACCAUACCUGUCUCGUUUGGUAAUCUGAUCAAUAUAGAAGAUUUUAGGAUGGAUGGGAAUAGAUUAUCUGGGAGAAUACCUGAUUUUAUCGGAAACUGGACAAGAAUCAAGGCACUUUAUUUGCAAGGAACAUCAAUGGAGGGACCGAUUCCUUCUACAAUAUCUUUGUUGAAAAAUUUGACCGAAAUGAGGAUCUCUGAUUUAGCUGGAUCAUCGAGCAUGGGAUUUCCUAAUCUGCAAGAUAUGAUAGGAAUGCAGAGAUUGACCCUAAGAAAUUGUUUGCUUACUGGCCAAAUACCAAACUACAUUGGACAGAUGCGUAGUUUGAAGAACUUGGAUCUGAGCUUCAACAGGCUGAAUGGUCCAAUACCCAACGAAAUAGAGACAUUAGGCUUUCCCUCCGGCUCCAUGUUUCUAAAUAACAACUUACUAUCUGGAGAGAUUCCUCAAUGGAUAUUUCAGAAAGAAGAUGUCAAGAUUGACUUGUCUUACAACAAUUUUACUCGUAUAUCUUCAUCUUCAUCACAGCUCUGUCAGACAUCUAACUUGACUUUAGUUUCAUCCCUUUCAUCUUCAGCCUCAAACAACACAGAUGCAUGGUGUUUGAAAGACAAAAUUACAUGCAGUGGAAAUCCCGAUCGUCAUUCCUUAUUUAUUAAUUGUGGUGGACCCACAAUAAAAUUCAAAGGAAACGAAUAUAAAGCAGAUUCGAGUUAUGAGGGAUACUUUCAUUCUUAUGAUGAGAGAUGGGCUUAUAGCACCAAUGGUGUUUUCACGGGGGAUGAUGAUGCUCCAUUUAUGACAAACACAAUGAAUGUUAGAGGUGGAGAUAUAUAUAAAACAGCUCGCCUUUCUCCCGCUUCACUCCGGUACUAUGGACUGUGUUUGCGGAAGGGGAGUUAUAAAGUGAUCCUCCACUUUGCUGAAAUAGGUUUUUCUGAUAACAUGACAUUUGCUGGUGUAGGAAGACGCUUUUUUGAUGUAUCAGUUCAAGGGGUUCUGAGAAUCAAAGACUUCAACAUCAUGGAAAAAGCUACCAGUACUCACAAUGGCACCUUCUUAGAGUUUGAGGUUUAUGUUAAUGGUAGCACCCUAGAUAUUCACUUAUACUGGGCAGGUAAGGGGACUACUUUUGAGCCUGCUCGAGGUGUAUAUGGACCUCUUAUAUCUGCUAUCGCAAUAACACCAAACUAUGAUGUUAGUACCGGACUCACUGCUGGAGCUAUAGCUGGAAUUGUGAUUGGUUCAUGCAUAGUUAUCAUGCUAAUUUUAGCUCUACUUUGGAAGAAAGGUUAUCUAGGAGGAGAUAAAGUAGAUAAAGAGCUCCGAGCACCUGAAUUACAGACGGAUUAUUUUAGCAUGCGACAAAUCAAAUCUGCUACUCAUAACUUUGAUUCUGCAAAUAAGAUUGGUGAAGGAGGCUUUGGACCUGUAUAUAAGGGUAUACUUACGGAUGGUUCUGAGAUUGCUGUUAAGAAACUCUCCGCAAGAUCAAAACAGGGAAACCGUGAAUUUGUCACUGAGAUAGGUAUGAUAUCUGCUUUGCAGCAUCCAAAUCUUGUUAAGCUUUAUGGCUGUUGCAUUGAAGGAAAGGAGUUAUUGCUGGUAUAUGAAUACCUGGAAAAUAACAGCCUCGCACGAGCCCUUUUUGGUCAUGAGGACCAGAAGCUUAAUUUGGACUGGCCCACAAGAAAGAAGAUAUGUAUGGGGAUAGCACGGGGCUUAGCCUAUCUCCAUGAGGAAUCAAGGUUGAAAAUAGUUCAUAGAGAUAUAAAGGCCACCAAUGUGCUUCUUGACAGAGAUUUUAACGCUAAGAUAUCGGACUUUGGUCUAGCAAAACUGGAUGAAGAAGAGAAUACUCAUAUCAGCACACGAAUUGCUGGAACGAUAGGGUACAUGGCUCCAGAAUAUGCAAUGAGAGGAUACUUGACAGAUAAAGCAGAUGUUUACAGCUUCGGAGUUGUUGCAUUAGAGAUUGUCAGUGGGAAAAGUAACACAAACUACAGGCCAAAGGAGGGGUCUGUCUACCUUCUUGAUUGGACAUAUGUCCUAGAAGAACAAGGGAGUCUUUUGGAACUAGUGGACCCUAGUCUUGGUUUGGAAUACCCAAAAGAAGAGGCAAUGAUGAUGUUGAGCUUGGCUCUACUAUGCACCAAUCCAUCUCCCACCCUUAGGCCACUCAUGUCAUCCGUGGUCAAAAUGCUCGAAGGUAAAAUCCCUGUCCAGCCACUGGUCGUCAAAAGAGCUGCAAGGAACCCAGAUAUGAGGUUCAAAGACUUCGACUUGGUAUCGCACGACAAUCAGACACAAGUCUCCACCAUCUCGACAGAAAGCCUAGGGCUGAGGAGCCUGUCGACGGAUUCAUCACUUUAUAAGGAUCACGAAAGUUCAGAAAUGAAGCUUCUUACUGAUCUUUAUGGCAUUAGUAUUUAAGACAGUAAGGUAAAAGAAGGUGGUGACUCUUACCCUGCAAACCCAUUAAGCCUUUGGUACAUGGUCCCUUACUUUAUUUCACCUUUUAUAUCUAUGAAUUAUUGAAAUCCUUGUGUUUAAGUUUUAAUUAGGCGAUGGGUUUUAGCAAAAGUUUGAUCACUUUUUUUUUUGUAUCCCUAAAUAUUGUAGUAUUUCUGUAAUGACUAGUUGCAAUAAGAAUUGCAAAUAUUAAAUUGAGUAUAGCAUGUAAAACCAAGUAAAUUAUGGUGAAUAAAU